AUGGAAACUGCUGAGUUCUAUUACGUUUAUUACUUAGCUCAGGAUUAUCUGCAGUAUGUGCUCCAGGAAUCACACCUCGGGCCAGCCCAGACCAGGGUUGCUCAUGUCUUGAGAACCAUGGCAUCCUCUCUGCAAGACCAAACCGAGGAGGCUGUCAGGCCACUCCUGGACAGGAUUGACAUCACCUCUGUAGCUGUUGCCAAGAGAAUUUUCAAUGGAGUCAUGGAUGAAAAGUUUGCUGAUGGAAAUACUAACUGGGGACGAAUUAUGACCAUCUUUACGUUUGGAGGUCUUCUCACCAAGAAGCUUCAAGAGCAUGGGGUUCAGCUGACUGCAGAGGAGAAGGAGGAGAUCUCUUAUUUCAUUACAGAGUACAUCAUAAACAACAAAGCUGAAUGGAUUGAUGCGAAUGGUGGCUGGGAAAAUGGCUUCCUAACAAAGUUUGAAAGAAGAUCACUACUGUCCUUCUCCAAAAUUACAGCCCUGUUCAUAGCUCUUGUUUCCUUGUUCAGAGAGUACUACUGA